GCAGGGGCCGGGAGAAGGGAUUGCACAAGCCUGCAAACUGAAGAGGAACCAAGUCGAGCAGGGCAGGCGAAGAGCCGAGCGGCAACCUGGCUAUGUGGGAUAGUGGCAUCGCAAGACCCUCCCACGCCCUCCAGCCUUACUUAACCCUCUCCCCCAGAGCCUCAGUCAUCAGCACUCACCAUCCUCCCCCAGCGUGAAGGAGCAGAGACAGCAUGGGGAACACCAGCCUGCUGCUCCUUGUGCUCAUCCCGGCAGGUGCCCUGGGGAGCUGGAUUAUCGGGGGGAAGGAGGUCAAGCCCCAUUCCAGGCCCUACAUUGCUUCCAUCCAGCUGGAUGGUCGGCACGUCUGUGGGGGAUUCCUGGUCUGGCACAAGUGGGUGAUGACGGCAGCUCACUGUGUGAUUCCCAGACAUUCCCCCGCCGUGCGCAUCGUGCUGGGGGCUCACUCCCUGAAACACCAGGAGGCCUCUCAGCAGAUCUUCAGCAUCCGGGAAUCCAUCAUGCACCCGCACUUCAACGCCCGGACAGUCCACAAUGACAUCCGCAUGCUGGAACUGAACACGUCGGCCAUCUUUAACCAGUUUGUGAAGCGGAUCAGGCUCCCCAAACCCAACACCGACCUCCCUCCUGGGGUCGUCUGCAGAGUGCUGGGCUGGGGCGACACCUCCAAUUUUGGCACCAUCCCCACCGAGCUCAGGGAGACCCAGACGACCAUUGUGGACAGGAAGAUCUGCAAGGCGCUGUGGGUGGGUCACGUCAACAAGGACAUGCUGUGCGCCGCCAGCCUUAACAGCACCCUCCAGGGAGUCUGCUCGGGGGAUUCCGGGGGCCCCCUCAUCUGCGGGGGCAGGGUACACGGCAUAGUCUCCUUCUCUGGGCAGAGGUGCGGGAAUCGCAGCCUCACGAAAUGGGUGUACAGAAGGACACGUGGCCUUUCCCAGGCUCCUGGAGGAUCAUCACCCCAGCCUCAUAUGCUGCUUGAUGUAAUACAACAGCCCACAGGGGCAGGAUUAAACCUGCAACCUUUGGAUCGAAGCACAGAGGCCUCUAUGGACGGUGCUAGAAGAGCCACUGCUGUGUCUUCUUCACAAACCUCUGUGUAGCCCAGCCACUAGCGGUGACACCGACCUGCAUUGUUGGCCUGAGUUACACCUAUACCCCUUUCAUAGGGCUGGUCCAGGCAGCCACCACAAGGCAGCGUGGGCCCCACUCUCCCCCUGAUCAGUAUCAGCCUCUGGGCCUGCAAUGCUGGAGCGUUCCACUUACAAACCUCUGCGCCGAUGACACCUGAAAACCUGGCAGAUGCUCCAUUGACACCUGCCCAGUGCUCUAGUAUCCCUGCAGCCAUCACCCUGCAAGGACAUAAACGCGUCACUGGGAGAAGCUGGAAUGGCCAUUGUUGCUCGCUCUGCUUUGUUUCUGCUCCUCAAUAAAGGG